UUGUAAAAAUGUCUAAGAGUCAUGAUGAAGAACACACACAGAAGGCCUUCGGUUGGGCAGCAAGAGACAACUCCGGAAUUCUCUCCCCAUUUCACUUUACUAGGAGAGUCAAUGGAGAUGAAGAUAUUACCAUCAAGAUACUUUACUGUGGAAUCUGCCAUGCAGACCUUCACGUUACAAGGGAUGAAUUUGGAUCUGGUGUUUUCCCUGUUGUUCCUGGGCAUGAGAUCGUUGGGGUAGUGACCCAAGUCGGAAGCAACGUAGAGAAAUUCAAGAUUGGAGAUAAAGUAGGAGUGGGGAACUUGGUUGGCUCUUGCCGUGCUUGCGAAAACUGCCAACAAGAACUGGAGCCCUAUUGCCCCAAAGCAGAAACUACAUACACCAUGUUUGAUUUCGGGACCGGAAAGAAAAACUACGGUGGAUAUUCCGAUUUCUAUGUUGUUAAUGAGCACUUUGUCGUUCGUUUCCCUGAAAACCUGCCGUUAGAUGCCGGAGCUCCGUUAUUAUGUGCCGGAAUCACUAUAUAUAGCCCCAUGAAAUACUAUGGACUGGAUAAGUCAGGAAUGCAUUUGGGUGUGGUUGGGCUCGGUGGACUUGGGCAUGUGGCUGUCAAGUUUGCUAAGGCCUUAGGCAUGAAGGUGACUGUGAUCAGUACAUCUCCAAGCAAGGAGAAGGAAGCCAUUGAUCGACUUGGGGCUGAUUCAUUCUUGGUCAGUAAGGACUCAGACCAAAUGAAGUCUGCGGUGGGCACAAUGGAUGGGAUUAUAGAUACGGUUUCUGCACCUCACCCUUUUGCACCGUUGAUUGAUCUAUUAAAGACUCAUGGGAAGCUAGUGGUGGUGGGUGGAUCAGUAAAACCAGUGGAGCUGCCAAUCUUUCCACUUCUUAUGGGGAGGAAGCUAGUUGGGGGAAGUGCAGCUGGUGGGUUGAAGGAAACACAAGAAAUGAUAGAUUUUGCAGGGAAGCACAACAUAGUGGCUGAUAUCGAACUUAUAUCGAUGGAUUAUGUGAACACUGCUAUGGACCGACUUGCAAAAGGAGAUAUUAGAUAUCGAUUUGUCAUUGACAUAGCUAAUACCUUAAAUGUUAAUUAAGA